AUGACGAAAUCUUCAUCCGGUUUGGCAUGUUGCUGCUGUUUUCCAGUUUUCUUGUUUCUUCUCGUUAUGGCUUUCGGAAUUCCUUCUUUUUUGAUGUUCGUUGGAGUAUCAAAACUGGAUCAUUGUCCAAUUGAACCCAAAAUUCCAAAAUGGAUGAUUUGUGUUGCCAGUCUCAUUUUCCUUCAAGUCAUUCUUGAAUCUGUUAGACCAUUCAAAGAUAGGUCCAUGAGAUGUUUCGAUUGCUCAAUCGAUUGUUGCUCUCUUCUUAGUUUAUUGCUCUAUAUCAGUCGACUGACAUUGUUUGGAGUAACAAUUCUCGGUUGCGUAUUGGUAUAUUCAAUAUUCCAAUUUCAAAAUCAAUGUGACUCAUUGCUCUACUUCACUGCCUUCAUUUACUGUGUUCUUUCCCUUAUAUGUUCUGUGAUUGCUUGCGUUUUCUGGAUCUGUUGCUGUUGUUUCCUAGUGGUGAGAGGAGGAUAUAGAAUCGUUAAUACGGAUGUUUACGUUAAUGAAAAUGAAUUCGUGACUGUGGGAAAACGGCCGGUUUGA